AUGCACUCUGACCCUUUUCUACUAGAUGUUAUAGUAGGCCAGGUAGGAGUUGCUACCACAAUGAUAGACACUGGAUGCCUUACCUAUGGGGCUGUAAGUGAGGUAUUUGUGAAUAAACAUGGGCUACACACACUUCAGAUCAACCCUGUGCCUAUUAAAGGCAUUGGUGGAUCAAAAUAUGUGUCGCGAGUAUUACAAACAAGGAUUGAUGUUGGUACACAUACUGAACAUGGUGCACACUUUUAUGUGAUACCAGGGAGCCUGCUAGGAGUAGACCUCAUGCUGGGCCUCCCCUGGAUAAAACAACAUGAUGGGCGACUGGAACCGAAACGGGGGAGAUUAUACCUCCGCUCCACAGGCGCUCGACUGAAGAAUACUGUUCUACAUAAGCCUAAGAGGCUAGGGAUAGUUGAAAUCAGUGCAGCUGCAGUACAGUGCCAUAUCCGCCGACAGAAGAAGAAGCCUGGGACUGCUGCUCAAAUAUUUAGCGCCACACUGCAGGAUAUUGAUAAGGCACUAAGGAUAAAAGAGAAACCUGACCCACAGAAGACACUACCUCCUCAAUACCAUGAGUUCCUAUCUCUGUUUGAACCGAACAAUGCCAGUACUCUGCCACCCCACCGAGGACCAGGGAUGGAUCACAGUAUUGAACUCAUUAAGCAGCCAGAUGGGAAAGAUCCGGAAGUCCCAUGGGGGCCUCUUUAUAACAUGUCAAGGGAAGAGCUGAUUGUACUUCGGAAGGAACUUACAGAACUACUUGAUAAGAACUUUAUCCGUGUUAGUAGCUCGUCUGCUGCUGCCCCUGUGUUAUUUGUUAAGAAGCCUGGUGGCGGUCUGAGGUUCUGUGUGGAUUACCGAGCAUUGAACGCCUUGACCAGGAAGGACCGAUACCCCCUGCCACUGAUCCGUGAGACAUUGAACCAAGUUGGACGAGCAAAGUGGUUCACUAAGCUUGAUGUAUCCGCCGCUUUCCAUAAGAUUCGAAUUACCAAAGGCCAGGAAUGGCUGACAGCAUUCCGGACACGGUAUGGACUGUUUGAAUGGCUUGUCACCCCCUUUGGAUUGGCCAACGCUCCGAGUACCUUCCAGAAAUAUAUAAACUGGGCACUACGGGAGUACCUGGAUGAGUUCUGCUCUGCCUAUCUUGAUGAUGUGCUUAUCUUUACGGAUGGAUCAUUAGAUCAACAUCGUAAACAUGUCUAUAAGACUCUUAACAAGCUACAAGAGGCAGGACUAUACCUGGAUAUCAAGAAAUACGAGUUUGAAUGUACCAAAACCAAGUACUUAGGGUUCGUGAUAGAAGCUGGGAAGGGAGUGGCCAUGGACCCUGAGAAGGUUGAAGCUAUUCAGGGCUGGGAAGCCCCUACAACAGUCCGUGGAGUCAGGAGCUUCCUGGGAUUUGCAAACUUCUAUCGACAGUUUAUCCCUAAGUUCUCCCAAUUAACCAAACCACUCACUGACCUGACACAUAAGGGAAUGGCUUAUCAGUGGACUAAAGAACAUCAGCAAUGUUUCCAACAACUCAAGGAUCUGUUUAUACAGGGACCAGUGCUUGCCCCCUUUAAUCCAACAUAUAGAACAGUGGUAGAGACAGACUCGUCAGGUUAUUGCUCAGGGGGGACUCUGUCACAAUACCAUCCUGAUGGACAACUCCACCCAUGCGCCUACUUCUCAAAGCGUCAUGCCCCUGCUGAAUGCAAUUAUGAGAUUCAUGAUAAGGAACUGCUGGCUGUUAUCCGCUGCCUAGAGGCAUGGGAUGCAGAACUCCGGUCUAUCCCAUUCUUCAAGGUAAUCACAGACCACAAGAACCUGGAAUACUUCUACUCACCCCGGAAGCUCACUGAAAGACACGUGAGAUGGAGCCUGUUCCUGUCUAAAUUCAACUUCUCAUUUGAAUACCGCAAAGGAAGUGCAAACACCCAAGCCGACGCCCUAUCAAGAAGAGAUCAGGAUAUGCCACAAGAUAACUCUGAUGAACGUAUCCAAUCCCGAACCUUCCAACUGCUAAAGGCUGGACACCAGCCAAAGAAUAUCUUGGCGCCAAUGAUAAACCCCGAGUUGAUUGACCUAUGGGUAGAAGCAAGGAAUCAUGAUGCUACCUACCAGGAAGUAGUACAGAUCCUGGAGAAGGGUGAAGCUAGAAACCUUCCAUCACCGCUGAAACUACAGGUUUCCCUUAGUGAAUGUAAUAUCAACCACCAAGGCUAUAUCAACUACCGCAACAGAACCUGGGUACCAGAACAUGAACCGCUAAGAACCCAUCUUAUUAAACAAGCACACGACUCGAUACUUACAGGCCACCCUGGGCGGAACGAGACAUAUGCACUGAUCAGCCGUGAAUACUAUUGGCCAAACAUGUCAAGUGAUAUUAAACGUUACCUCCGGAAUUGUGAUGUAUGUGGACGAGCAAAAGCCUGGAGAGAUAGAAGAAAUGGGUUACUGAAACCACUACCUGUUCCUGACCAGCCUUGGCGAGACAUCUCAUUGGAUUUCAUCACUGAUUUACCUGAGAGUGAAGGAUGCUCAACCCUCCUAGUAAUUACCGACCGACUUACCCGGGGUGUGAUCCUGGAACCAAUGAGCUCUACCACAGCUGAGGAUCUUGCAUGUGUGCUUAUCCGUUCACUUAUUCGACACCAUGGAAUCCCCCGGUCAAUGGUAUCAGAUCGAGGAAGCCAGUUCAUAAGCCAGACUUGGUCACGCAUAUGUCAGCUACUAAAGAUUAAACGACUCCUCUCCACAGCCUAUCACCCCCAAACAGAUGGAUCUACAGAACGCGUUAAUAGUAGUGUUGAGACAUACCUCAGGAUCUAUGUGUGUCAUGGCCAGGAUAACUGGCAUAAUCUGCUACCUAUAGCAGAAUAUGUCCUGAACACACGCACGUCUACAGCAACUGGAAUGUCCCCCUUCUUCUUAAGCCAUGGGUACAACCCAUCACCGUUCGAGACCAUGGCAGACCAAGCAGCAACCCUGUCCCAGGAGAAUGAAACAAGAGGAAGCCCUGUUCAGAUUGCAGAUUCCGUUGUACAGAAGUUGAAGGAAGCUGUGCAAUGGGCGAACGUAUCCCUCUCCUUCACACAACAAGAGUCAGAACGACAAGCUAAUAGGAGGCGCUCCCCUGCACCAAUAUAUAAAAAGGAUGACCUUGUUUGGCUGAACCUGAAGAAUAUGCGCACUGACCGGCCAUGCAAGAAGUUAGAUUGGAAGAACGCCAAGUACCGUGUAUUGGAAGUCAAGGGAACUCAUACUGUUAAGCUUGAUGUUCCUAAAGGAAUCCAUCCAGUGUUCCAUGUUGAUCUUAUUCGACCAGCAGGGCAUGAUAAGCUCCCGUCACAGCAUCAAGAUGAGAGUCUUCCUCCAGCAAUCCAGAUAGAUGGUGAGGAUGAGUAUAUGGUAGAAUCAAUCUUGGAUAAGGCCCUUAUUCGAAGAGGAAGAAAUGGAUCAGCAAUACGGAAGGGAAGGGGCCUGAAGUGGCAUUACCUUGUGAAAUGGUCGGGAUAUUCAAACCCGACCUGGGAACCUGUUGAAGCGCUGGAAGACACAGUUGCUGCUGAGACAUGGGAGACCAAGCACCCUGUUAGUAUAGAGGGAGAGAUGUCGGCUAACAAGCCUGCUAUAAGGGCAUGA